GGCUUCCUUCGCCCCCAUCCUUUGUCACUUUUUUGUAUUCCUUGCAACUGACUCAGACUCGACCCUCGUGUGCUGUACCCUUUCCCAGUCCAAGGUCAGCGUUCUCCAAUCAAUUCCUUGCACAAUUCGCUGGUCCAGUUCCGAGCGUCGGGAAACUCGCUCUGCCGACAUCUUUUCAUCGAUCGCUGUUGUGGUGGCGUUCUUUUUUUUUUAGUCCACUUUGAAACGAAAAAGGGGGAGAAAUUCAGACCACUGGAAACGCACGUCAAUGACCUCGACGGUUGUCAUGUCGCCGCAGCACCACUCGUCCGCCCUUGUCUUUGCGCCAGAGCAGCCAUCUCUCCCAUUCGUCACCAGCGAGGCGUCCAUUCACACACAGCAGGAUUCGCGUCCAUCCACUACUACUACUACUACAAAGAAGCAGAGCUCGUUCCGUUUCCAUGCAUUCAGAUUUGGAAGCAGCCAGUCUUCUUCUUCAUCCUCGUCCCCCGCGUCUGUGCUUCCGCUGGCGUCGCGAUCUGCCAGCGUCCCGGACGUUCACGCAAAGGCAGUCUCCGUGUGUGCCGCUUCGACCGACGCACAAGGGGCAAGUGACAUGUCGCGCGUCCGCAGCGCCCUCGCGGCAGCGCUCGAGCGGGAUCGCCAGGCGUUGAUUCUCGCCGAGGAGGCUGCGUCAUCAGUCGCGCCACCAUCACCGCUGCCGCCGCUGCCGUCCUCGUCACUGGUCGCUGGUGCGAGUCCUGCACUGGCGACACCAUGUACGCCGCCCUCAUCGGGGAAUAUGUCGACAGGCCCGUUGAGCGACGCCCAGGCGAGCGGGGCGCAGACCAACGCUGCCAGCGCCUCCACGAACGCUGCUAGCCCCACCAACGCUCCGAGCAGCGCCGAAGACGAGCUGCGUAUUGGGCUCUAUGAUCUGAGCGAAGACGUGAUUGCCCAGGGCGCCCAAGGCGUGGUUGUGCGCGCAACGCAUCGUGUGACGGGAAUCAGUGUCGCCAUCAAGUGCCUGCCAAAGCAUUCGGGCAUGCAGGCGUACAAGGAGGCAGUGCAAGAGCGAAGCAUCCUUCAAGGGCUGAGCAAGCCAGAAGUUGCUCAUCCAAACAUUGUGCGACUGCUCGAAACAAUGGAGGAUGACAACUUUCUCUACAUGGUGCUCGAAUUGUGCACUGGCGGCACUCUCGCCGAUUGGAUUCGAGACCACCCACCGCCUGCCAGUGCAACCUCAUCGUCAUCAUCAUCAUCAUCAUCAUCAUCCUCCGCUUCCUCGGAUUCGCUUCAACAGCGCCGACAGGAGCGUGUGCGUCGAUGCGAGGCCAUUCGCCUGUUUUGCCAGCUAGCGAGUGCUUUGGCUCACUGCCAUUCUCUCAACAUCUACCACAGGGACGUCAAGCCUUCCAAUGUGCUCCUCACGGCCUCCGGAGACGUGCGCCUGUCAGACUUUGGCAUGAGUGUCCAGGCCUGGCCGGGCGCGCGCAUUUCACGCGACUUUCCUGGCUCACCUUCUUAUGCCGCUCCAGAGCUGUUUCGCGGCGAACCCUAUCUCGCUCAUCUCGUCGAUGUGUGGUCCCUGGGCGUUGUGUGGUAUGAACUCAUCACCGGCGUCCGUCCGUUCGAUCGUGCCACACCCAGCGAGCACCGCCAAGCCGUGUUUGCCGGCUCAUCAGGGCUUUCGCUCAUGUGCAACCACCUGCAUACCUCAGGCCGAGCACAGGCGCCGGCUCUUGACGCUUCAGAGUCGCCUGUAUCUCCUACUGUUGUCGCCACGCCGGACUUGGAGUCCUCCUCCAGGACUAUCUGCUGGCGGUUUGGCGCUGUCAACAUGGGCCGAGCGAUCCGACUCAUGCUUGAUCCGGAGCCAUCCAAGCGCCCCUCUCUUCGCCCGCUUGGCCGUAUUAUUGCUGCCCUCGAGGCCUCGCUUGCGCGCAUCUCGUAUCAACGGCCCGUGAUGAUGCUCAGCAAUGCCACUCCUUUCGCAUCGACCGACGGACGCGCAGAUUCGAUGCCGCGUUUGCGUAUCAGCCAACUGCUCGACGCCUGCACCAAGCACUUUAACAUGUCUCUCGACCAAUUGGCACAGCGGUGGUACGACGAUCCUUUGGGUCCAGUUGCCGGCGUUAUGAACUCCCUGUUGUGCCAGCUGAGCGAUUACCGACGCACCGUUACCGAGGCCCUUGCACGCCAUCUGCAGCAUCGGUCCGAGGAUGAUGAUGCAUCAUUGCACACCCCAUCGCAGACUGCAGCGCCCGUCCUUCGCAUGAACGAAAAGCUCCUUCUCGCCAAAGACAUGGACUCGUCCGCAAUACCCCAUACCCCAGAGCAGGUUCGCCAGCUUCGCUCGCUCUUCCACUCCUUUGCACCUCACUCACAUUAAAUUAACCGGUUUUGUUUUUUGCAAUUUCUUUGUUCAUUAAAAUCCUGUUCAAAUCAUACAA